UAAAAUUCAAAUUCUCAAAAAAUUUAAUCAACUCUCUUUAGCUUUGUGCUGUACUGAUCUGCUUUUGAUCUUAUACUCCUAUCACUGUAAAGAACCUACCACAAGAGAAGACAUGGAUAUUAGUCGAGGAGUGAGACAAUCCAAGAGAGGGCAAAAUGCUCAAGAGAAGAACAUUCAAGUUGUUGUUCGAUGUCGGCCUCGUAAUUCUGUCGAGAAAAAGGCAAGCUCGAGCAGUAUUGUAACGUGCAGCUCCAAGGCGGGGGAGAUCAUUGUCAAGGGGGAGAAGGCGGUCUCUAAGACGUUCACAUUUGACAAAGUUUUUGACCAAUCCUCCACUCAGAUGGACGUGUACAGGGAGGUGGUCAAUCCCAUCAUCUCAGAGGUGCUCCAGGGGUACAACUGCACAGUGUUUGCAUAUGGACAGACAGGGACUGGUAAGACGUUCACAAUGGAGGGAGAGAGAAGCAAUAGUGGGUCCUUGUCAUGGGAGCAGGACCCCCUGGCAGGUAUCAUCCCACGCUCCCUCCACCAUCUCUUUGAGGAGCUGGAGAAACAGAAGGUGCAGGAGUUCUCUGUGAGGGUCUCAUUCCUGGAGCUCUACAAUGAGGAACUAUUUGACCUUCUCUCCUCCGUCGAAGACAACUCAAAACUGAGAAUAUUUGAGGAUUCCUCCAGGAAGGGUUCAGUGGUGAUUCAUGGCCUUGAGGAGCUGGUUGUGCACAGCAAGGACGAGGUCUACUCCAUCCUUGAGCGUGGGACUGCACGGAGACAGACGGCUGCUACUCUACUCAAUGCUUGCUCAUCUCGUUCCCAUUCUGUGUUCUCUGUGACUGUGCACAUGAAGGAGAGCUCCAUUGAUGGGGAGGAAAUGCUCAAGACUGGGAAACUCAAUCUGGUCGACCUCGCUGGCAGUGAGAACAUUGGUCGGUCUGGGGCCGUGGACAAGAGAGCGAGGGAGGCUGGCAAUAUCAACCAGAGUCUCCUCACUCUCGGCAGGGUCAUCACCGCUCUGGUGGAGAGGACACCUCACGUGCCCUACAGAGAGAGCAAGUUGACACGGAUCCUCCAAGACUCCCUGGGUGGUCGAACCAAAACCUCUAUUAUAGCCACCAUCUCACCCGCCCAGUGCAACAUGGAGGAGACCCUCUCCACCCUGGACUACGCUCACAGAGCCAAGAACAUCACUAACAGACCUGAGGUCAAUCAAAAACUCUCAAAGAAGGCCCUCAUUAAGGAGUACACUGAGGAGAUAGAGCGCCUGAAGAGGGACUUAGUAGCUACUAGGGAGAAGAGUGGCAUCUUCCUCUCUCCAGAAAACUAUGUUGGUAUGGAGCAACUUAUAAAGAGCCAGAAAGAGGCAAUAACAGAGCUGGAGGGCAAGAUCCAAGCAAACUUGGAAGAAAUUAAAAAGGUGAAGGAGUUGUUUCAAGAGUCCCAAAGCUCUCUGGAGGAGACCAGCCAGCAGCUGUCAGCGACGAGUAGUCACCUAUCAACCACGAGGGAGCACCUGGCAUUGACAGCACAACAGCUUCACGUGACAAAACAGGACAGAGACGAGAUUGAGUUCCUGGUGUCUGAACAUGUCAAGUCUGAGCAAACUCUUCUCAACCAGGCAGAGACCUUGGUGUCCACUGUCCACGAGUCCCUAGGAGAUCUUAAAGGACUUCACUCCAAGCUGGAUAGGAAGACAUGUGCAGAAAAAAAUAAUAUGACUGCUGUCGGUCAGUUCAGGGGAAACAUCCACUCAAGAAUUGGAAGUCUCGGUCUUGAGCUGGACAAGUUUGUUGGAAGCAGGCAGGAGGCUUAUGGCUCCUUCUCCAAUGAUAUAGAUGAGUGGGUUUCAGCACAGUCCACUAGUCUCGGGUCCCUGGGGGUAUCAGUUGCUAGCCUUUCUUCGGCCAUUCAGGAGUUUGUAUCAUCACAACAAGAGAGCUCCAAAGACAACACCAGUGUCCUUAGUGCAAGUGCUUCCUAUGCCCUGUCUUUCAGCCGCGACCACCAGGUUGAGCAUUCGUCGCUGGCUUCCCAUGUACUCGGUAGUAUGGUCCUCCCUCUCCUGACCAAGUUGGAGCAGUUGGUAGCUCAGCACUGUGUAAUGGUGCAGACAUCUGCUGUGGGCAUCAAGGAACAGCUUUCUUCUCAGUGGAAGGCCACCUCACAAUAUGCUAGUACACAAAGAAGUGGUUUCAGCUCUCUCUCAUCGGCUAUUGAACAAGAGCAGGUCAGACAAGACACAGUGGUGAGGGAGCUACAGGAGUCAUUGAAACAAGCGUCUGAAAAGCAGGAGCAGCUGAAGAUGCAACUGCACCAGUCUGUAAUGGCUGACCUGUCCUCCAUUGUUCUCACUGCCCUCAACAAGCAACAGGGAGAGCUUAGCAACACUUUGGACAAUGUGUCCAGUAGUGCUACAGCCAGCUCUAACCUGAGAAAGGAGAAGCUCACAGAAUUUAACACUUGUGUUCAGACCCUCUCUUCACACACUGAGCAGUAUGAGGUUACCCAGAGCCAGACAGAAAGCCAGGCAAGAAAUAAUCUUGAACAACAGUUGGAAAAGAACAGAGGGGCCACUGAAGAGUGUUCUGGUGUAGUCUCACAGGUCCAGUCUGCCUUCAAGGAGGGAGUGGGGUGUCUGGAGAAGAUGACAAACCAAUUCAAUGUGGACAUGUGUGAAAGACUGGAGUCCCUUUCGUCUCUGGCUAGUAAACUGGCCGAGGAAGAACAAAACAGCCUGGAGGAACAUGGCAAGGCUACUAGUCAAUCUUGUGAAGAGCUUGCUUGUUCCAUGGCCACUCUGACAGCUGGUGUGAGGGACACUGGGGUAGAAUGGAGGAACCAGCUAGAUUCUCUCUCCUCUGGCCUCUCUGAGUUCUCAAUCUCUCAAGCUGGGGCCAUUGCUGAGACCAAAGGAAUGGUGGACACUUUCACAACAGAGGAUAUCAAGCCAGACCUGCCAACUGGUGCCACUCCACAGCGUCGAGAUUUCUCCUUCCCCCAGAACCUCACUUCUACACGACCCCACUCUGACCUUCUUGAUGAGUAUCGUACCAAUGUCCGGUCUACGUUCAUGGAUGACCUACCUGAGCUACCAGAAGCUGACAAAUCAGAACUUAUGGAGUCUAUCAUUGGUCCUACCACACUGGACUUUGACUCUGCUGACUCGGAUGUUUCAACCCUCACCACAGUGGCUCUGUCGGAUGAGAGUCUUGUUCAGCGUGACUCUGAGUUGAGUAUGGACAGCACAAUGGAGGAAAGCACUAGUUCCUCGAAGGUCAGUGAUCAGGAGAACACUGCUCCCAAGCAUACACCCCAUAACUCUCGACUUCCAACUAAGAAAAAGACUGGAGUAGUGAGCAACAACGGAAAGAAAAGGGGAGAGGUCAAGAGGCCAUUGACUGUCAUCAACAAGUCUUAACUUGUAGCUAAUUGUGAACAUUACAUACUCAUAAUUAUACUCAUAAUUAUUAUGGUUUGUAUCCUUUCGUUUUUGCUUUGUUUUUGAACAUAAAUGACUUAACUAUACAUUAAUUACAUACUAA